AUGCUUACCGGUUUGGCUGACAUUCUCCGCGGUGCUGGUCUCAAUGUUGUUGAAGUUGCCGGUUGGAGAACUCGUGGUCACGGUGUCAUGUCAUCUGUCAAAGGUAUUGUCGUUCACCACACAGCUGGCCCAGCUUCAGGAGACUACCCAUCGCUAGCUGUUGUUCGUGACGGCACCUCCAGUCUUGCUGGCCCACUUGCUCAACUCGGGCUCGGUCGAUCAGGAACAUGGUUUGUCAUUGCUGCUGGUCGCUGCUAUCAUGCUGGUAGCACCAUCGACGAUUCAGUUUAUGGAAACAACAACGCGAUCGGUAUCGAAGCUGAAGGAGUUGGUCUACCAGCAACUGAUAGUGGACAUAGCCACUGGCCUGAAGUGCAAUAUCAAAGCUAUCUCAGGGGAGUCCGUGCUCUUCAAAAAGCUUAUGGCGUUCCUUCUGCACGUGUUCUUGGUCAUAAAGAAGCAGCUGUACCAAGAGGUCGCAAGAUCGAUCCUAAUUUCUCAAUGAAUGAAUUUCGUGCCGCUCUGUAA